AUGGGGUUUGCUCACCAUUACGGUUCAGACUGUGUUCAUGAUAUUCCUCAUGAUAUCACAUAUGUGCGUCGUCGAGAAAACUGCACGAGGAAUUCUGCGACCUGGACAAGAUUAGAGAACAUCCGACGUUUGUUUACCGAUUAUGGUUUAGAUGCCUACAUCGUCACUACGCAGGACGCCCAUCACCAACAAGGCGGAUCUCCACAUGACAGGCGCUUAGAAGCAAUUUCUGGUUUUGAUGGAACCAUCGGUACCGCUGUUAUCAUGAGGAACAAAACAGUCAUUUGGACGGACGGAAGGAACAUACAGAACGCCAUGAAAAUGGACUGUGAUUGGCAAAUAUACAGAAAAGUCUGGUGGAAGAAUUUCGAGCUGAGCUUUGCAAAGGACAAUAUAACUCUGUUGGGAAUAGAAGAUGAUCUAGUUGACCAGGUGUGGGUCGAUGACCGGCCCCCGCAAAUCAACGUCACAAUCAAUGCUUUACCAAUACAGUUUGCUGGUAGAAGUUGGCAGGAUAAGAUGAGGGAUGUCCUCGAGGAAAUGACCAAAGCAGGGGUGGACGUACUUGUGGUGUCAGAUCUCGAUGAGAACCCAUGGCUGUUCAACAUGCGAGCUUUUUCGUUUGGCUUCGAUCCAUUCUUCUAUUCCUUUGCUGUGAUAGAAAGACGGACACGUAUUACAAGGUUAUAUAUCCUUGACCACAAGUCUAUGCUUUCUGGGAGACCCUCGGAUCCUGAAGUUCAUAUGACGCUAGAGAACCACUUGGAUAUAGGAGAUGGGCGAUGUUCUGUAAUGGUGACAGAAAAUGGUUACAUAGAAAGUCCCUAUUCAGCUGACGAAUGUUCACAGAACCCUAUAGUACAGACCCGGGAGUACAAUGUAAAGGAUGUUGUCAAGGACGUAACGAGACUUGCGUCAAUUCCACAAACUCGGAAAGUCUGGUUAUCGCCCUACUGCAGCUACGCCCUCUACUCAGCUGUCCCUAAAGUCAAGAUCUAUCAGGACAAUACACCUGUGCGUAUUCUGAAAUCCGUUAAAAACCCUGUAGAAAUCAAAGGCAUGGAAGACGCAAACCUCCAGGAUUCUGUUGCCGCCAUUCGAUUCUUUGCUAAGUUGGAAAAAGAGGUGAAACAAGGAAAGAAUUGGACAGUGUAUGACGCCUUUCAUGAGAUUCACAACUACAGAAAACAAAUCCCCUACUUCCGGGCCCCAGCAUUUAGGACACUCACCGGUAGUGGUCCGACUGCUGCACCAAUUUAUAACAUGCCGACACCGGAGGAUUCCCAACCAAUAACAUCUGAACAUAUUUUUAUGCAAGAUUCGGGGGGUCAGUACCUGAAUACUGGAACGACGGAUAUGACAAGAUCCUUCCACUUCGGAAUUCCGACAGAGGCGGAAAAGGACAUUUAUACGCGAGUAUUAAUGGCCCAUAUCAACAUGGCAAAGCUUGUCUGGCCCGAAGGACGCACAGGUCAUGAUAUUGAUGCCACAGCCAGAGAACCACUUUGGGAGCUAGGGUUGGAUUACUCUCACGAGACGGGUCACGGUAUCGGAGCCUAUGGGGGAGUCAUAGAAGGACCUGGACGGAUAUCAUCCACCUACGCAGAUUUCAUCAGCGAUGUACCGUUUUAUGCUGCUAUAUUUAGCGAAGAAGAAAAUAUUUACAAGUUUCCGGAUCCAACAGAAUAUCCUUUGCAGAAGAACAUGUUUUUCACUGUUGAACCUGGGUUUUACGAGAUGGAUAACAUUGGGGUUCGCAUGGAAAACGUGAUGUACGUAACAUCGGCACACCUUAAACAGAUUUCCUCCCGAUGUAAAUUCUUACGAUUUGAAACUAUAACACUAGUGCCGUAUGAACCACACCUCAUUAAGUACAACAUGCUUAGUCAAACACAGCUGGACUGGUUGAACGAUUACAACGGCAAGGUUUUACAGAAGACUGCCCCUAUUCUGGAACGCAGUGGUGACAAAGAAGCGCUGGCGUGGCUGAUGAAACGAGUAAACAACAUCACUAGAUAGUCUUUUUGUUAAAUUUUGGAUCGAGCACUUACUUUCAUUCCUGUUUAUACAGUACACACGUAGUACUCGUUAUUUGAUACAAAAUUGAUUUUCCAUCAAUCUUCUGGAUUACUUGUUGUUAAAGCGUGUUUUUUAUUGUUAAUUAUUUUUAUAUAUUUCUGACGAGUAGAACAUCUAUCAACAUGA